AUGCAAGAUGGACGAGCCGAAAGGUUGGAAACCCUCCUGGAGACGCCUCUUGAUCACUCGUCGACUUCAAGGCAUUCGGGAUCCACCCAAGAUAAGCUGCCUGCUCGUCUUUCAUCUCUGAAUGGGCUUCACGAUGUCCUAGACGUCAUACGAUUUCCUCAAAGCCCUUCCCUAUCCAACUCGGCAGCCUCAUCUUCGAGCGUAUGCACAUGCCUCCAAGACCUGACUGCAGGUUUAUUCGGUCUCCAGACAUCUGGUGAGAAUGUUCGAGUGGACCUUCUACUGCUUCUCUUCAAGCGUUGCAUGUACAGAUGGAAGGGUGUUGACACGUGCGCUUCAGCAUGUUCUACUACCCCGAGCCUCGCGCUUCUCAUGUUGAUGAAUGUGCAACGAUUGGUCUCGCUGCUAUUGAGAGCUUCGUCUUCAACAAGAUCCGGAGACGUCACCAAAGACCCAGGACUGUCAGGUUCUUCCCUGAACAUCAACAUGGGAUCAUUCGUUGUGGAGGACAGGGCUGAUCAGAGAUUCAUUACUGAACACCUUAUAACUUCGAGAAUGAAGGAAUUGGUUUCUUUCAUUUCAACUACGAGUCUCAAAGUGAAUGCAUCUGGCCUAGACACUGUAUAUGAGGAGUACCAGCGGCAGAUGCAAAGGCUUGGGCAAGCGUUUACUUAG